CCCGUUGAAACCGUCUAUAUGAUUAAAAUAAAUGUAAUAUGAAAAAAAUCUAUAUUUAUGAUGAACCGCAGUAAUGAUUAAUAUCAAGUUCCCUUUGAAAAUGCACAAUUUUACUGUUUGACAUCAUGGCAGAAAUUGUGCUAACCAUAGUAAUUUUUUAUAAGGAAUGUGUAUCCUAGUAAUAGAAUAACUAAUUAACUAAACAACUUUUGGGUCUGCAUCUUGAGUGGGUGUAGGAGUGGGUAGAUAGGAGGAGUCAUUGGCUGAGAAAGGGAAUCCCAUAAACAGAGAGAUACUACUGGAACUCCACAGCUACACUUUCACACUCCACAGCAUCUAAGGAAAAUGGCUUUAGUGUCUGAGAUUUUGACGAAACUCACAUUGAGUAAUGGAGGAGGGGAGAGAGAACCUAAAUGCCCUACAGUGGUCCCAGUUUCUGGGUUUAACCCAGAGGAGGAUGCAGCCGAAAUCGAGACAGCCAUCAAAACCAAAGGUAUUGAUGAGCAGAAAAUCAUUGACAUUUUGACAAAAUGCAGUUGCUCACAAAGGGCUGAAAUUGCAUUUGAGUAUGAAAAACGGGCAAAGAAGGAUUUGGUGAGUGCCCUGAAGGGGGCGCUCUCAGGCUCUUUGGAGCAUCUGAUACUGGGACUGAUGAAGAGUACCGCACAGUAUGAUGCCUCUGAGCUCAAAUCAUCUGUGAAGGGUCUGGGCACUGAUGAGGAGAGUCUUAUUGAGAUGGUCUGCUCCCGCAAUAAAGAAGAGCUAAUGGAAAUCAAGAAGGUUUACAGAGAAAUGUUUAAGAAGGAGUUGGAGAAAGAUGUUUCUGGAGACACAUCUGGCGAUUUUGCAAAGCUGCUACUGGCCCUUGUACAGGCCAAGAGAGACGAGCCGAGUAACGUGGUGGACUAUGAGAAGAUCGACAAUGAUGCCAGAUCUCUCCAUGAAGCUGGAGUGAAUCGAAAGGGAACUGAUGUGACCACCUGGAUUUCAAUCUUCUCUGAGAGGAGUGUCCCACACUUGCAGAAAGUGUUUAAAAGGUACAAGAGAUACAGCCCAUAUGACAUUAAGGAGAGCAUUCAAAAGGAGGUGAAGGGAGAUCUGGAAAAAUCCUUCCUCACACUAGUUGAGUGCAUGGAGAACAGACAUCUGUAUUUUGCCAGCAGACUCAAUGAAGCCAUGAAGAGUAAAAGUGUUAAAGAUAAGGUCGUAACCCGCAUCAUCGUCUCCCGCGGUGAAGUUGAUCUCAUGAAGGUCCGCACAGAGUUUAAAAGGAAUUUUGGAAAAUCUCUGUACCAGACAAUUUUAGAGCACACUAAGGGAGACUACCAGAGAGCUCUCCUGAACCUCUGUGGAGGAGACGACUAAACAGAUGUCCAGCAAUGAAGACUUUCCGAAACAAAUAGUUCAAAAUGCAGUAUUACGGUUGAAGUUUUAUUAUUUUUAUUUGUUGUUUUACAGGGUAGUUUUCAUCUUUCUUGUUGAUAUGUUUCGGGCAACAAGUUCAUAUGCUCGAUGGAUUUUAGCGGUAACUUAUAUUGUUCUGCCCAUUGCUGUCACAUCGUUUCGUUUUUUUAUGCUGCCAAUAAUCUAAGACAUUUCUUACACUAAAUUAUUUGUUAAACACAUUCGUUUAAGGCUAAUUCGUUUAUAAGAAUGCUUUGUUUUGAAUGCUUUGUUUUCUUGUAUGAUUGUUGUUUAAUAUUAGUUAAAUUGAUCCCAUUUCACUGAAAGGAAUACAGAAUCAUGAAUUUUAUAUUAAUAUUGUUGAUAUUAAUAAAAACGUGUAAUUACACAUGG